AUGUCUUCUCCCGGCGCCUCCAAGAGGAAGACCAAGAAGAAGCACUUUGUGCAGCAGAAGGUGGAGGUGUUCAGAGCCAGUGAGACUGUGCUGAGCGUCCUGAUGUGGGGAGUCAAUCACUCGAUCAACGAGCUGAGUCAGGUGCCUGUGCCUGUCAUGCUGCUCCCUGACAACUUCAAGGCCAGCGCCAAAAUAAAAGUCAGCAACCACCUCUUCAACAAAGAGAAUCUACCUGGGCAGUUUAAAUUCAAAGAGUACUGUCCACAGGUGUUCAGAAACCUGCGAGAGCGCUUUGGCAUCGAGGACCAAGAUUACCGGGUGUCUCUCGCCCACUGUCCCCCCCUCAAAGAUGAGGAGGGGCACAGUGUGGGCAUGCUGCUGACAUCAUAUGACCGCACCUUGGUGGUUAAAGAGAUUUCCAGUGAGGAGGUGGAGGAAAUGCACAACAUCCUCUCAGAGUAUCACCAGCACAUCGUCACCUGCCACAGGAGUACCCUGCUCCCUCAGUUCCUGGCCAUGUACAGAGUCACAGUGGAGAGCGAGGACACCUACCUGUUAGUCAUGAGGAAUGUGUUCAGCCACAGACUGCAUGUGCACAGGAAGUACGACCUCAAGGGCUCACUGGUGUCUCGUGAGGCAAGCUUUAAAGAGAAGGUGAAAGAGCUGCCCACCUAUAAGGAUGUGGACUUCAGGAAUAACAUGCAAAAGGUUUAUGUGAGCGAUGAGGAGAAAGAGAAGAUCAUGGACAAACUCAACAGAGACACUGAGUUUCUGGUGCAUAUGAGGAUGAUGGACUACAGUCUGCUGCUGGGCAUCCAUGAUGUAGAGCGGGCUGAGAGGGAGGAGGAUGAGGAGGAGGAGGAGGAGGAGGAGGAGACAGGGCUUCCCUAUGAAGAGGAAGAGGAGGAUGAAAAUGGCCUGGCUUCACCUCAGGGCAUCGCUGGCUACAUGAACUCUUUCAAACCAAUGGGUGCUGGGGAGUUUGACCCUUAUGUGGAUGUGUAUGCCAUUCAGAGCACUGUAGGUGCGCCCCAGAGAGAGGUGUAUUUUAUGGGCCUGAUUGACGUGCUGACACAGUACGACACCAGGAAGAAAGCCGCUCAUGCUGCCAAGGCUGUCAAACACGGGGCGGGAGCAGAAAUCUCCACAGUUCAUCCAGAGCAGUAUGCCAAACGUUUCCGAGAGUUCAUCACCAAGAUCUUUGCCUAGCUCAGAGUCCAC